GGCAGGGUGAGCCCUGGGGCGUCUGAGGUUGCUGUGCUGAGUGAGGGCUGCGGUGCAGGCCUGAGGAUGGUCAGCGUGGAGGGCCGAGCCAUGUCCUUCCAGAGUAUCGUCCACCUGUCCCUGGACAGCCCUGUCCAUGCCGUUUGUGUGUUGGGCACAGAAAUCUGCUUGGAUCUCAGCGGGUGUGCCCCCCAGAAGUGCCAGUGCUUCACCAUCCAUGGCUCUGGGAGGGUCUUGAUCGAUGUGGCCAACACAGUGAUUUCUGAGAAGGAGGACGCCACCAUCUGGUGGCCCCUGUCUGAUCCCACGUACGCCACAGUGAAGAUGACAUCGCCCAGCCCUUCCAUGGAUGCGGAUAAGGUCUCGGUCACAUACUAUGGGCCCAACGAGGAUGCCCCCGUGGGCACAGCUGUGCUGUACCUCACUGGCAUUGAGGUCUCUCUAGAGGUAGACAUCUACCGCAAUGGGCAAGUUGAGAUGUCAAGUGACAAACAGGCUAAGAAAAAAUGGAUCUGGGGUCCCAGCGGUUGGGGUGCCAUCCUGCUUGUGAAUUGCAACCCUGCUGAUGUGGGCCAGCAACUUGAGGACAAGAAAACCAAGAAAGUGAUCUUUUCAGAGGAAAUAACGAAUCUGUCCCAGAUGACUCUGAAUGUCCAAGGCCCCAGCUGUAUCUUAACGAAAUAUCGGCUAGUCCUCCAUACCUCCAAGGAAGAGUCGAAGAAGGCGAGAGUCUACUGGCCCCAAAAAGACAACUCCAGUACCUUUGAGUUGGUGCUGGGGCCCGACCAGCACGCCUAUACCUUGGCCCUCGGGAACCACUUGAAGGAGACUUUCUAUGUUGAAGCUAUAGCAUUCCCGUCUGCCGAAUUCUCAGGCCUCAUCUCCUACUCUGUGUCCCUGGUGGAGGAGUCUCAAGACCCGUCAAUUCCAGAGACUGUGCUGUACAAAGACACGGUGGUGUUCCGGGUGGCUCCCUGCGUCUUCAUUCCCUGUACCCAGGUGCCUCUGGAGGUUUACCUGUGCAGGGAGCUGCAGCUGCAGGGUUUUGUGGACACGGUGACGAAGCUGAGUGAGAAGAGCAACAGCCAGGUGGCAUCUGUCUAUGAGGACCCCAACCGCCUGGGCAGGUGGCUCCAGGAUGAGAUGGCCUUCUGCUACACCCAGGCUCCCCACAAGACAACGUCCUUGAUCCUCGACACACCUCAGGCCGCCGAUCUCGAUGAGUUCCCCAUGAAGUACUCACUGAGCCCUGGUAUUGGCUACAUGAUCCAGGACACUGAGGACCAUAAAGUGGCCAGCAUGGAUUCCAUUGGGAACCUGAUGGUGUCCCCACCUGUCAAGGUCGAAGGGAAAGAGUACCCGCUGGGCAGAGUCCUCAUUGGCAGCAGCUUUUACCCCAGCGCAGAGGGCCGGGCCAUGAGUAAGACCCUCCGAGACUUCCUCUAUGCCCAGCAGGUCCAAGCGCCGGUGGAGCUCUACUCAGAUUGGCUAAUGACUGGCCACGUGGAUGAGUUCAUGUGCUUCAUCCCCACAGAUGACAAGAAUGAGGGCAAAAAGGGCUUCCUGCUGCUCCUGGCCAGCCCCAGUGCCUGCUAUAAACUGUUCCGAGAGAAACAGAAGGAAGGCUAUGGCGACGCUCUUCUGUUUGAUGAGCUUAGAGCAGAUCAGCUCCUGUCUAAUGGAAGGGAAGCCAAAACCAUCGACCAACUUCUGGCUGAUGAAAGCCUGAAGAAGCAGAAUGAAUACGUGGAGAAGUGCAUUCACCUGAACCGUGACAUCCUGAAGACGGAGCUGGGCCUGGUGGAACAGGACAUCAUUGAGAUUCCCCAGCUGUUCUGCUUGGAGAAGCUGACUAACAUCCCCUCUGACCAGCAGCCCAAGAGGUCCUUCGCGAGGCCAUACUUCCCUGACCUGUUGCGGAUGAUUGUGAUGGGCAAGAACCUGGGGAUCCCCAAGCCUUUUGGGCCCCAAAUCAAGGGGACUUGCUGCCUGGAAGAAAAGAUUUGCUGCUUGCUGGAGCCCCUGGGCUUCAAGUGCACCUUCAUCAAUGACUUUGACUGUUACCUGACAGAGGUCGGAGACAUCUGUGCCUGUGCCAACAUCCGCCGGGUGCCCUUUGCCUUCAAAUGGUGGAAGAUGGUACCUUAGACCCGGGCCCUGGAGCUGCCAGCUCUGCCCCAGCAUGGAUGGCCCACUGUCACCAUGCAACAGCAUGAUUCUUUGCCCAGUAGAGGAGGCUGGAGAGUCCAGGCAAUAGAACCCUUUCUUCCCUGUCUGCCCCGACCGACCCUCGGACCCAGUAGGAUGGCAAAUGCCGCCAGCUUGAACCCCUGUGGGGGAAAAGAUGCAAAAGUGUUCAGCCAAGUGACGUUUACUAAAUAGCCAAUAAAGGGCUGGUGGGUGUGAAUGCA